AUGUCAGCGACACUGCUUGAUUGUGACAUUUAUGCGUCAAGACUUUCUGAUGCGAAAUUGGAGGCCCGGUUAAAACUGAGUAUAGCUGUGGACUUGCGAGACUCGGUAGAAGUCUUUCAGAAUGCUGAAUAUCCGAGAUUUUUACAAGUAAUGAUGCCGGUAUUCCGGAAAAUAUUAAAUGAAACACCGCCAGUAUUUGUUAAUAAUGACUGGACUCAAAAAUUGCGUAAUGUGAUUCUAGAGAUAUUGCACCGCCUGCCUCUAAACGAAGCACUAAAACAAUAUGCACUUGACUUGCUGAAAUUGGUUAUGCAACUGUUAAGGACCGAAAACGAGGAAAAUGCAGUGAUAUGUCUUAAAAUCAUAAUAGAUUUGCAUAAACAUUACAAGGCGAUUCUCGAAGAUCAAGUUCAACCUUUUUUGAAUAUUGUUCAAGAAAUGUAUCGAAAUAUGGAACAAACUGUGCGCGAAACUUUCGACACCCCAACACCUUAUAAUGUUCCUCAACAUGUACCGCAAUCACCACGUCCAACUUCUCCCGCUUAUGAUAACACGUCAGAAAGUACACCAGUUAAAACAUUAGCUAAAAGCUUAUACAGCUUUAAAGUUCUCACUGAAUGUCCUAUAAUUGUUGUGUUGCUGUUUCAAUCCCAUCGACAAUUCGUGAACACAAACAUCAAAAACAUCGUCCCGCUAAUUAUUCAGACAUUAGGCUUACAAGCCACUCCGCAGGCUGAAGCUCACGCGGCUGCCAGAGCUGCUAACGAUAUAUUUGUUGGGGUGGCAUCUGGGAUUCGAGAUCGUGCAAAAUACACGGAAUUUAUAGUUGCUCAAGUAAAGACGAUGUCAUUUUUGGCAUAUGUGCUACGAGCAUAUACAACGGCGCUGAAAACAUAUCAAGACAAGAUUCCUGAUUUCGUAAUUCGACUACUACAAGAUUGUCCACCAGAAGCGUCUGCUACUCGAAAGGAGUUGCUGGUUGCAACGCGUCAUAUUUUAUCCACUGAAUUUCGAAGUGCUUUUGUUAGUAAAAUUGAUCUUCUUCUUAAGGAAAAGGUUUUGGUGGGCACAGGUAUAACAUCCUAUGAGACUAUUAGGCCUUUGGCAUAUAGUAUGUUGGCUGAUCUCGUGCAUCACGUGAGAAAUGAACUCACAGUAGAGCAACUACACCAAACUAUCUAUAUAUAUUCACUUAACCUCCAUGAUCCGACACUUAAUCCUACCGUCCAGACUAUGUGUUCAAAAUUACUUUUGCACAUGAUUGAAUGCAGUAUCAAUAUAAGUGAUGUAACACAAAAGCGAGAUUUGCUCAUGAAGAUUUUCGAUACAUUUUGUCGAAAAUUCUAUGCUCUUAAUUACAUAUUUCCGGAUCUAAUACGUCAACUUCAGAAGAGAAAGAAUCCGAAUAUCCCUCCAGGUCAAAAAUGGGAAGAAUCUGAUUUUGAGCAAUCUCGUCCUAUCGCCACUUCUGUACCUAACGCGGAUCAGAUACCUGAUCCUCUCAAUGAGCGACGAUCUUUGUUGAAAAAUCUCGUUCAUGGACUACGAAGUAUUAUUUCUGGUUUGAAAAGCUGUAAUCCGGAACCACCCCAAAAUGAAAACCCACAAACUUGGAGUUCAGUGGUUCGUGGAUUUUCGCAUGACGAAGUUGUGAACUUUUUAGUUUUAUUUCGUCAGGGUAUACGUGCUUUUGAUCUCUAUACAAUCGACAAUGAUGGCAAUAGUACUAUCAAAGCUCCCGAAAAAAAUGCAAUUUCCGAUGCAUCGAAUAACAAACUGGGUCCUCAAUCAAAAGCAGAAAAAGAAGUUUUGGACGGAUUUGCUAAUAUUUUUGUUAAUAUUGAUCCUGCAAUUUUUCAAGAGAUCUUUGGAUCUCAAAUGAAUUACUUUUUCGAGCAGACGUUAAGAAACACUUCACUUCUUCAAAUACCACAACUACUUCUAGGGACUGAGGGCACUUCAGAGAACUUUGCCGGCAUUCUUUUCCGUUUCUUGGUGGAUCGACUGGAUAGAUUGGGUGGACCUGAUCCUGUUUACGCGUCUGUUCUGCUUCGAUUAUUUAAACUGGCAUUUAUGGCUGUUACCUUGUUUCCUAAUGUCAAUGAAAUGGUUCUUCAUCCUCAUCUUGCAAAAAUAAUUAUGUCAUCGAUGAAGUUGUCAACAAAAGCUAAAGAACCGAAGAAUUAUUUUCUCUUAUUACGAGCACUUUUCAGGAGUAUUGCGGGAGGGCGAUUCGAGAUGCUAUAUAAAGAAGUUUUACCUUUGCUGCAAGUUUUAUUAGAAGGACUCAAUUCUCUCUUGUCUUUGACUCACAAGCCACAAAUGAGGGACUUAUUUGUCGAACUUUGUCUUACAGUGCCCGUGAGAUUGAGCGUUCUUUUACCAUAUCUCAGUUAUCUAAUGAAGCCGCUAGUUCUCGCUUUACAAGCAGGUCCGGAACUGGUUACCCAAGGUCUUCGAACUCUGGAACUGUGUAUUGAUAAUCUUACGCCUGAAUUUCUGGAUCCACUCAUGGCUCCCGUUAUUAACGAUUUAAUGCUUGCACUAUGGAAACAUCUUAAACCAUCACCAUAUAAUCCGAGUCACAGCAUAUCAGCCACAAGAAUAUUGGGUAAAUUGGGUGGUCGUAAUCGUCGCCUACUAAAAGAUCCACCAAAACUUUCAUUUACAACGCCACCCGGAAAUGGACUUGAUUUACAAAUAUUUUUUGAUUCGAAUUCUGCGCCACAAAAGCUACCUUUGGAUGAAUGCCUUACACUCACAGCGAAGACUUUGGAAGACCCAAAUGUUACUUUGCAUUAUAAAAAGCAAGCUUUCAAAUUCUUAGUGUCAAGCAUUCCUCUGUUGUUUGAUUUGGACCCAGGAUCUUAUGAUUUGACAAAAUUAAUUGCAACUCGAGUUCAAAGGCGAUUACUUCACAAUGAUGAUAAUGAAUCGGCGACAAUAGUAAAAAUGGAAAUUGACAAUCAAAAUGAGCCAAUUCCUGUGCAGACGACAAUAGCGGUAGACCUUCCGCCAAGUAAGAAAAGACAAGAAGGGCAUAAACUUUCAUUACGACGUAAGGCAGUACAAGAAGAAAGAAUCCAACUAUUCCUUUGUGCUCUCUUCACCGCAGCAUCUCUCCCUGAUUUAAAAGAUGAAGCUUGGCCUUGUCUAGAGAAUGUUUGUCGUCAUAUUGCGCUACUUGAAGUUGGAGAUGCUGUAAAUCGUAAUAUACGAGAGAAAAAGUUCACUUUUGACGAAAACAGUAGCACUUUUUAUUUGGAGACAAAAGUUAUGGUAGAAGCAUUGGUAACAAUAAUGGCAAGUGAUGAACCAGAAAUACGUAAAGUUGCGGAAUUUUCAUUGAAAUUAAUUUACGAUAUUUGUUUAAUGAUCACUGGAUCAAAAGACGCGUUAGGCUUGUUCCCUCUAUUUCAUGUUCUUGCAUCUCGGUUUUGUUCUUGUUGCUAUAAGCAAGAGUGGUAUCGUAAAAGUGGUGGUUGCUUUGGAAUAUCGUUAUUAUGCUCACAACUUGACAUGGGUGCCAAAUGGAUGUUAGAUCAUGAAUUAGAAUUCGUCCGAUCAUUAUUUUUCAUAAUGAAGGAUACUUCAUCGGAAUUCGCCACAGGAAAUAUCGCAGAUGCCACUCAGACAGUACUGCGCGUAAUAGAAGUGUGCAGUCGACCUAAUGCAAAAGGCGAAAUACGAGAAAAGGAUAACAAGUUCAAUAAACUUGUUCUUUUAUUGGUUGCUGAAUUAUCAAAUUCAAAUAAUGCUGUCAGGGAAUGUGCACAAUCAGCAUUUAAAUUAUUGGCGGAAUUAACAGCAUGCGAAAUAACGGACAUUUUAACGCCAGUGCGUGAUGCUCUAUUGAAUCCAAUUUUCGGGAAACCGCUCAAAGCACUUCCUCCCCCAAUGCAAAUCGGAUAUAUUGAUGCAAUAACAUAUGCACUGACGUUGCGACCAUCCUUAUUAGAAUAUAGCGAAGAACUGAAUCGACUUUUGAAUGAAUCCUUACAAUUAGCAGAUUCCGAGGAGCAAGUAGCAGCCGCUCGACCAACAAACUACAAGAAUGCAGCAUCUGUUACAAACCUUCGUGUUGUUUGCAUAAAAUUUUUAACCGCAGCUAUGGCAUGCCCGGACUUUCUUACUCCACGACAAGGACCUAUAAGAGCCCGUAUAAUUGGUGUAUUUUUCAAAUCUUUAUAUUCGCGAGUACCGGAAAUUGUAGAGGUUUCCAAUAAAGGACUAGCAUCAGUUCUUCAUCAACAAAAACUGCAAAAAGAUCUUCUUCAAGCUGGUCUUCGACCUAUUUUAGUCAAUCUUUCUGAUCACAAGAAAUUAACUGUUGCUGGUCUAGAGGGACUAGCCAGACUUCUUGAGCUUCUUACAAACUAUUUUAAAGUGGAAAUCGGCAGAAAAUUACUUGACCAUCUUACACCAUGGGCUGAUCCGAAAACAUUGCAAGAUGCCUCUAAUAAACCAUUAAUGGAAAUAGAAGCAAUCAAGAUUAUCGUAUCUAUAUUGGCCGUAUUUCAUUUAUUACCACCUGCAGCUAAUGUGUUUAUGGACAAUCUGAUUACGACUGUACUCGACUUGGAAGAAAAAUUACGUCGCUCCUCAGAAAGCCCAUUCCGAUUACCACUUAUAAAAUUUCUUAAUCGAUAUGCUGGUGAAGCGGUCGAUUAUUUCUACAAUCAUAUUGAAGAUCAAAAAUACAUAAAUUUCUUUGUGGACUUGCUUGGAAUUGAAGAGUCAACUAAACUUCGAGAAGAAAUCAUGGACAAUCCACAGAAACUAUUAGAAAAAACCGUUCAUCUUGGUAACUCCCAAGCACACUUUAAGCGAAUUCUAAUUAUAAGAAAAAUUGCAAAUUACAAUCCAGAAUGGUUGGUGCAAGAAGAUAUUAUCAAAGAAAUUCGAGAAGCAUGGCACGAAGUGUGGAACGCUAAUCAGAAUCAUAGAACCGACGAAAUGAGUAUAAAUGUGGCAGAAUUGCAAGAAUAUCAGAAUAUUAUUGAAACAGGAUUAGCAUAUAUGAGGGCAAAUCCUGACGAUGUUAGUUUGAUGUUUGAAUUUGUCGCAAUAUUUACACGUAAAAGUGUGAUUGAUUAUCACCUGCUACGACAAUUCUAUUAUGAAGAAGUUGCCAUGGGAUAUCCAGCCGAACGAAAAAGAGCAGUCAUUGAAAAAUUUGUGAAAUUAUUCGAUGAUCCUCUCAAAAAUAACGCGCGUAUUAAAACAGCAGCGGCAAGGAUGAUUAUAAAUCCAUUGCUUAUGUAUGCCUUUGCCCAGGGACCUCAAGAAUACAAUAAAAUCAUCGAUAUUCCUAUGAUUGAUAAAAUGCAUAAAAACAUUUGGCAGACACAAGGAUUAGGACCGGAAGACAUUGAUGAUCCUUUGCGUAUUGAAUUGUUUCAGAUGACUACGCUUUUAGUUCAAUAUGUACCACAUCUUAUUGAGCAUGUUAAACGAGAUCUGAUUCUUUUUGGAUGGAAAUCUCUAAAUCUUGACGAUGUUACUACAAAGCAGGCCGCAUAUGUUCUAUGUGCCAGAUUUAUAGCAGCUUUUGAAUUUCCAGUCAAACUUAUACAUAAUGCUUACAUGUCGCUACUCAGAGCACACCAACUUGAAGCUCGCACACUAGUCAAACAAGCAUUGGAUAUUUUUACGCCAGUGCUUCCACGUAGGAUGGAAGAAGCAGAAAAACAAGCUCAUACCAAUCAACAACUAUCCAUUCAAGCAUCUCAAUCUUCUCAGCGUUCUCAACAUAUUCAUUUACCACCUAGCAGAGCAAAACCAGCCGUGGAACAGACUCAAAAAAUACAACCUCAGUCUUAUCCUUCUUGGACAACUUGGACUAAAAAGGUGCUUUCCGAAGACACUUAUAGCAUAUCUCAAUUGGUGAAUGUUUACCAGCUGCUAGUCCGACAUCCGGAUUUAUUCUAUGAGAACAGACAACAAUUCCUACCACAAAUAAUAAAUACUUUAACGAGACUUGGACUCAUCCAAAAUGCUACUAAUGAAACACGUUUAUUGACAAUUGAUCUAUCCGAGUUGAUAUUAAGAUGGGAGAAACGUCGUAUAUCUGAAUUGCGUAAACGACAAGAAGCAAGUGCAACUUCUACGCCUGCUGCAUCUGUUAGUAGUCCAGGAAAAAGACGAAUGGAUUUAGAGGCUGAAUCUCCCCCGAAGAAAAGACAACAAAUUGAACAUAGUGGUGAAUUACGCUUAACUCCGGUGGAAAUUUCUUCAAGUGAAACAUAUACUCCAAAUCUUAUACUAAGGGAAAAUGUGAUCGGUUAUCUCGUCCGUUUUGUUUGCACAACUAAUGAAGCUAUUAGUAAAUCACCGGGUGGAUUGCCAUAUCGAGCACUGCAACUAAUUAAAGAAUUUUUACAGCCUGAAUUUUGGCCUGAAGUGAAUGUCAAGCUUCUAUUUUUUGAAAGGACUUUAAUGCAUACCGAUAUCACCAACAAUACGCUGGAUAACAUCUGCAAUGGCUUGGAUGUCUUGAACGUGAUUUUAGAUCGGAAACCUGCAGAAUGGUGUCUUGCAAAUAUCAGUCACUUACAAAGACUAUUAGAAAAAAGCAUUCGUAGCAAUCAUAAUCGUCUUCAACAAAGUCUCAAUCCAGUUUUAGUUCACAUCUUUAAUUCUUUUCCGAGUUCAGAACUUUCAUCCAGUGAAGAUACUGAUAUCGCUAACUUUACAUCAGUCGUACAUGCGACAAUUGAGGAAGGAUUGAAUAGUAUGGACAAUUUAUAUGCUGUAUUAACGUUAUUAAACGCAUUAAAAAGCAAGAAUCCAGAAAAUAUCGAUAAUUUUCUUCCCGGAGUCCUUAAUGUACUAACUAAACUUGCAAAGGAUCAUCUUAUAAAGAUUCUUAUUAUGGCACUUCAGAUUAUGAAUUCGCGAAUAGCUCAGCUUAUUGAGCAUCGUAGUGCUUUCAUACAAGUCCUAUGCCAAUUAUUGGAUAAAACAAAGGACACUGACCUUGCGCGUUCUAUAUUCGAGAUGGUCAAAUUUUGGGUUAUGAAUAAUAAAAGGGAUCUGAUUCCUACAAUGAAAGAGAAAGCGAAAAUAUUGAACAAGAUGCUAAGUUUCGAAUCGAUCGGCGAUAAGAAUCUUUUAGAGGAUUAUUUGAAUCUUGUUAUUAAUAUAUAUAGCGACCCAGGAUUUGUGCGAACGGAUUUAACUGUUAAAUUGGAACAAGCGUUCCUGCUGGGAACACGAUAUGAGAAUCCUCAAAUUCGAAAUCGAUUCAUGAAACUUUUGGAUCAAAGCAUUUCAAAUCGUUUAAAUAAUCGACUCCGAUAUAUAAUUGAAAUACAAAAUUGGGAAUCAGUUGGCUCCUAUUUUUGGUUGCAUCAAGCAGUGGAUAUUUUACUUGGCGCGAUUUCUCGAAACAAACCGAUUCUUCCGCCCGCUUAUGGCUUACGUACAAAAUCCUUAUCGAACUUGUUUAACAAUUGCGUAGAUGACUCGUCCUCAGACUCGUUUAUUGUGACUACUGAACUCGAAGAUUGUCUACAAAAACAUCGUCAAUUCCUGACAGAAAAUUCGAAAUCAACCGUGGCAGAUUUAUUAAUUCCGUUGAAACAAAUUCAUCAUUUGAGUGAUCAAGUUGCUUAUCGAUUUUGGGUUGAUCUGUUUCCUGUGUGUUGGUCAUCAAUAUCCCAAAAGGAUAGGCAGAGACUACAUAAAAAUUUUAUCGCAUUUCUUUCUAAAGAAUAUCAUAAUUUGCAAGCUGAAUUUAGACCCAAUUGUAUCCAGGCAAUCUUGGAAGGGAUUGCACGUUGCUCUCAUCAAAUCAAAUUGCCGCCUUAUCUGAUCAUGUACUUGGGAAAGACUCAUGGCGCGUGGCACAUAGCACUUGAAAUACUUCAACAAUAUACACUUAAUACACAAAAAGACGAUGAUGAAUUUAAAGAAAAAACAUUGGAUGCACUGGCUGAUCUUUAUUCAAGUUUAUCAGAAGACGAUAUGGCCGCAGGUUUAUGGCGUCGACGUUCUAUAAGACUAGAAACAAAUACCGCUCUUUCCCAUGAACAAUGUGGCAUGUGGGUAGAUGCUCAACUUGUUUAUGAAAAUGCACAACUUAAAGGUCGCUCUGCUGUCAUGUCAUUUACAGAACCAGAAUAUUUAUUGUGGGAAGAUCAUUGGCUUGAUUGCUCACAAAAAUUGCAACAAUGGGAGGUUCUUACUGAUUUCGCCAAGAAUGAGGGAAACACAGAACUUCUGCUUGAAUGUGCAUGGCGUCUCUCCGAUUGGACCGAAGAACGUGAUUUUCUCGAUCAAGCCAUCAAUUCAUUAUCUGAUAAACCGACCCCAAGAAAUAAAGUAUUCGAAGCUUUUAUGUCGCUAGUCAAAGCACAACAAACUAACGAUUUCAGUGAAUUUAAGAAAAUUGCCGAAGAAUCACUACAACUGUCUUUGCGAAGGUGGCAUUCACUCCCGGAAAUUGUGAGUCAAUGUCAUAUUCCAAUUUUACAAAUUUUCCAACAAUUUGUUGAAUUGGAAGAAGCGACCAAAAUGUGCACAGGUUUAAAUAAUCUGGAAGGUACUCCGAGUGCAGAUUCCAAAUCUCAAGAGCUAAAAAGUGUCUUGCAAAGCUGGCGUGAGCGUCUUCCUAAUUCAUGGGAUGACAUCAAUAUAUGGAGUGACCUUGUUGCAUGGCGAAGACAUAUUUUCCGAAUGAUCAAUAACGCUUUUCAGCCUUUCCAAAGGCUUCCUCCUGGAAACGCUAUUUCCAAUAUAAACUUUGCUUUUCGUGGGCAUCAUGAAACAGCAUGGAUUAUAAAUCGAUUUGCUCACGUCGCGCGAAAACAUCAUCUUUCCGAAGUAUGUGUGACAUUUUUACAACAUAUAUAUUCGUUGCCAAAUAUUGAAAUCCAAGAAGCAUUCUUAAAAUUGAGAGAGCAAGCAAAAUGCCAUUAUCAGAAUUCUGGCGAAUUGACAAAUGCCUUAGAUGUGAUCAACAAUACCAAUCUUAAUUACUUUGGACCACAACAAAAAGCAGAAUUUCAUACGCUCAAAGGAAUGGUUAUGGCUAAAAUGGGUCGAGAUCACGAUGCAGACGCGAGUUUCGCUAUGGCUGUACAAGUGGAAAUGAGACUUCCCAAAGCCUGGGCAGAGUGGGGACGUUAUUAUGAUCGCAAGUUUAAAGAUGACUCUUCUAAUAUAUUAUUGGCAGCUAAUGCAUUAAGUUGUUAUUUACAAGCUGCUGGUCUCUAUAAUAAUCAUAAAAGUCGAAAAUUGCUUGUACGAAUUUUAUGGCUUCUAUCUUUAGAUGAUACCCCCGAAGGACAUAUUUCCAGAGUAUUCGAGAGUUAUAUGACUAAAGGCGAAGUUCCUACAUGGUAUUGGGUAACUUUCAUUCCACAGCUAAUAGUAGGAUUAGUGCAUAAAGAAGCAAGAUAUGCACGAAAUAUAUUGACAAAGAUCGCAAAGCAGCAUCCUCAGGCAUUAUAUUUCCAACUUCGGACUGCCAGGGAAGAUUAUAUGUUCAUCAAGAAACAAGCAAUAGCUGCUGCACAAGCACGUGCCGCUCAACAAGCAUCAUUAUCUGUUCCAGGAACACCAGUUACACCUUCGACAGCAACACCAAGUACGCCAACAGCCCCAAAUGAAGGAUAUUUAUUGCCACAAACUCCUCAGAUGGCUAAUGGUAUAAUCGCGAAUGGAGCUGCACAACGACUUGCAACUCCUAAUCAAGGACAAGGAAGUCCUGCUCAACCUACUCAAAAUCAAUUGAGCCCUGGUCAAAGGCCAUCAUAUGUUGGUAUGAGCCAACAAAGUCCUAUGACACCACAACAACCCCAAAGUCCUGCUAUUCAACCUAGUAACGGCAUAAACGCGGCAAAUCUCGGUGGAUCACCCUCAAAUAAUCUUACUAUGCAAAAUAUCCAAGCAUUGAAUGGACUACCUAAUGCAAUGUCUCCGAACUUGCAAGGAACACCUCCCAGCAAUAUAACAAAUCAUAUGUCACCUUCAACUCCAAAUGGCGCCGAUUCAAAUAGAUCACCAAUAACACCUUUAGGGAUAAAUAACAGUAACAUGUCUAAUCAAAAUACACCACCUAUAGUUACACAACAUCUUCAAAAACAACCAUGGGAACACGUUGACGAUAUCAUGUCAAUUCUUAAAACAACCUUCCCUCUGCUAUCAUUAUCAAUUGAAACUAUGGUAGAUCAAAUUCAAAUUCGUCUGAAACCAACAUCCGAUGAAGAUAUUUACAGAUUGAUUGUUGCUUUAUUAAACGACGGAGUUCAGCAAAUAAACGCUCGCUUAAAUAGUCCGCAUGAUGAUGGUCUAUUAAAUCGACCAACAGAGGCAAAUAUUCGACGAUUUGCCGAAAAUCUUUAUCAGGGUCCAAUUAAAGCGGCUUUUGAGGAAGACUUUAUACAGUCGAAACCAAACUUAUAUCAAUAUGUGGAAAAACUAAGAAAAUGGAGGGAUCGUUUCGAAAUUUUAUUGGACAGCAAACCACGAAAACAACAUUUAGAGCAUUUUAGCGCAUAUCUCCAUAGAGAUUGUCAAACUACAGAAUUCAUUCGUAUAGAUCGAUUCUUGCCCGAAAUUGAUAUUAUUCGAUCUCACGGGUUCUGUUAUCGGCGGUUAACAAUUCGUGGACACGAUGGAAGUCUUCAUUCCUUUGCUGUCCAACAACCAGCUGCACGACAUAGUAGACGCGAAGAGCGUAUAAUGCAAUUCUUUAGAAUGCUAAACAGUGUGCUGGAACGUCGAAUAGAAACUCGAAAACGCAAUUUAUACUUCCAUCUUCCAAUAAUUGUCCCACUUGCUCCUCAAAUAAGACUCGUACAAGAUGAUCCUUCCUAUUCUUCACUACAAGAUAUUUUCGAAGAUCACUGCGACACCACUGGUAUGAGUAAAGAUGAUCCUGUGAUAUAUUAUACAAACAAGAUGCGAUCGAAUCUAGGUUCUAUAAGAGGGCGAAAUGGCUUAACAAAUCUAAGAGUUGAGAUUGCAGACGAGAUUGCAGCGAAAAUGAUACCAAAUGAUGUCAUAACAAAGUACAUGUCGAAAUCAAUGAAAUCACACAUUGAUUUAUGGACGUUCCGAAAACACUUUACCACUCAAAUGGCAGGAAUCGCAUUCAUGUCAUAUAUCUUGUGCAUUGGCCAACGACAUCCGUACAAGAUGAUAAUAUCGAAAAAUACAGGAAAUGUUUGGGCCACGGAGCUUCUUCCAACGUUUUCAUCCAAUGCUCCAUUCUUUUUGAAUGGAGAAUCGGUGCCAUUCAGAUUUACGCGUGGUAUACAGCACUUUAUGACGCCUAUUGGAAUCGAAGGUGUCUUUAUUGGGUCUCUUAUGUCUAUCGCGCAAUGUCUUACUGAACCAGAGUUUGAUUUAGAGCAGCAUUUGAGUGUGCUGGUAAGAGACGAACUUUUAACUUGGCAUUACGUGAGCAAGAAACCUGUGACUGAACCACAAUUAAGACAGAAAGUUGCUCAAAAUGUCGAAAGUAUAGUAAAGAGAGCCGAAACUCUGGCGUGCAAAGAAGAGCGUGAUAAGAGAAUGCCGGUGUUUCAACCUUUACUUGAAAUAAUAGCAAAUGCGAGCAAUCCGCAAAAUUUGGCGUAUAUGGACGUUACUUGGAUGCAGUGGUUGUAA